AUGGCUGAGACUGCGAUGAAAAAGAACGAGUUAUCUCCCCGAAUGUAUCGGCGGUUAGAAGACAGAAAAGCAUGGGAUGCAUAUUGGCAGUUGCGAAAGCUUGAAAGUCAAGGAAGUUAUUAUAUUCGACUUUUAUAUUAUGCACAUCGAAUGGUAGAUGCUCCAGCUACAUGGUUCAGAGAAAAAAUUGUGGAACCUUUGAAUGAUAAAUAUCGUAUGCCAUAUUACCAUCGUAAACUGAAUCGUGUUCCUGGCAUUGAUGAAUGUGCUGUCGAUGAUUUGUCAUGUUUUUAUGAGGCUAAUACUCAGUUCCGACUAGACAAAUUAGUCGACCAGUAUAUCCUCGACAUUCUACGUUUACGACUUUCUAGAUGCAUGGACUAUUAUGCACCCAAUUUCGUUCCAUGUGCUAAGUUAAUAGAUGACGCAGAGGAAAGUGAACUAAAUUUCUUCAUUAAAUAUGGCGAACUAGGUCAAGAGGGCGAUGUUCGGGAUGCUUAUAUGAAACAGAAACAUCGAAUGAUUUGGGAAAGACGGCAUCCGGAGAUCAUGAAAGCUCGCGCUGAAGCUGAGCAUAAAAAACGAGUUGCAAAUGGUGAAUACGACUAUUCAUUUUGGAAGAAAGGCGCCUGGCACAGUGAUAAAAGCAGAAUGGAAAUGCCGAAUGUUGUUCAUCAUAGUAAACCAAGCAUUGAGAGUGACAAACCGAUCUCAUUUGACUGGGAAUUCUACAAAAAAGCAAAAGAUGACCCUAAAUUCUUGGAGGAAGAAAACAAAAAGCAAAGCAAGUCGUCGAUAUUCGGAUCAUGGUAA